UGUCCUCCCUGCCGUUAGGCCUUUCAUAGCGCUGGCGGAGACUUCAUGUCGCGCAAAACAUACACCUAAUCGCGAUGCCUUGACGCUUGAAUGAGUCUGAGCGUAUGUCGAGGCAGCAGCUCUUUUUCUGUGGAGUCGGCGGAGGUCUGAUCCGAGGCUGAGGGCGUGGAUAUAAAAUCCCGCGCCAUCCGCCUGCUCCACCCUCUUGCCCGCCCGUAUUUCUUUCCGCGAUCUGCGUCUUUCCUCACUGUUCCCUGCUCUCUGCCACAGCUCAUGCUCCUGUCCCCGAUGUCCAGCGCGCACCCCCAGCCCGACCCAUUCGCUCUCUACUCCCAGCAGCUGCACCAAUACACGCUCCGGCUCUGGUGUGAUCACUGCCGUCGGGUGGCCAAGGCGCAGGCACGCGAGGAGGCAGACAGGAUCUCGCGGAGCAGCUCCCCUCUCAAGACCCCAGACGACUCCAGCGAGUCCUCUUCGUCUUCGUCGUCGUCCUCAGGCUCCCAGUCGAGUUAGCCGACCGACACACCCCAUCACGCGCGGCGCGCGCACAUUCCGGGAACAGAUGCAGCGCGUCUGCACUCACCCGCACCCACGAACGACCUUCGCCACGCAGCGCACCCUACUCCGCUGCGCGCGCACCCUUCCAGCAUGUCACGAACGUGCCUGGCAAGCCAUCCACGCCGACGACGGCGC